AUGCAUCAUGUCAACAACCUUGAUUUACCGGAGGCUGCCCGUGUAACUAGAUUUUUCAACAUGGACGCGCCCUCUGAUGCUCGCACACGUCCAGAAAAUCAGAGUCGUGACUGGGAUGCCCAGACCGUUGGCGACUCAGAUCCAGCUACACGCAUUGCUUCCCAAGAAAAGUCCAUCCACCAGCUUGAAAACCCUCCCUCUGCCCCCGAACCCCACUCGCCCCACUUCCAAGAAGGAGGCAUCGACGGCUGGAAGGUCGUCCUUGGCUGCGCCUUGAUAUCCGGUCCUUCCAUCGGUCCGUAUCUUCCCAGCUUUUCAGCACUUGCUCUGGCUAACACCUCCCCUCGCUCUCCUUCCAGGAUGGAAAAGUACCAUGCUCAGCACUUUCUAGCCGGCACUCCAGGAGCUACGCUCAGUGUCAUAGGCUCGCUUCAGAACGCAGUCCGUCCGACCUCCUUGCUCUUGAUCCAUCCAACUGACAUCAGCAUGCUCCGACUAGCUAAUGAUGACAGUAGCCUUUGUGUCUGGCAAGUUCGGAGACAGAUAAUGUUCAUCGCAGCAGGCUGCAUUGUUGUCUUUGUCGGCCAGCUGCUCGCAGCCUUCUGCACCAGCUUGUGGUCCAUCUUUCUCACUCAGGGUGUCUUGCAAGGCGUGGGAUGCGGUCUGCUGCUGCCUAUGGUCUUUGCCCUGCCGUCCCAGUGGUUCAGCAAGCGCCGCGGAGUCGCCACAGGCUUCGUCAUCGCCGGUUCGUCCUUUGGAGCAGCAGUCCCGGCACUCAUCGUUCAGGAGAUGCUCAGCCGGAUUGGCUUCAGGAAGACUCUGCUAAUCUACUCCUUCGUCCAGGGCCUGACCAUGCUGCUUGGCUUCCUGCUUGUCAAGGUUCGCCCGUCGGCGUCUGGUCCCAACAAGCCCGUCCGCGAGAUACAGUGGCUCGACAAGAGGUACCUCGCUGAUCCUACGUUCUGGAGCUGCUGGACUGCCCUGUUCUUUGCGCUCUUCGGAUACAUGUGCCCGUUCGUGUUCAUCUCGGUCUACACCGGCGAGAAGAUCCCGGCGAUCUCCAGCCGACUCGCCAACCUGCCUAUCCCAAUCAUGAGCUUCGCCAGCGCUAUCGGUCGGAUUGGUGCUGGUCACGUGGCAGACCGGAUCGGGUUCAUGAACGCGUUCAUACUUGCGAUCACCAUCAGCGGGCUGUCUCAGCUUGUGCUGUGGAACGUUGCGGCAGAGACAUAUGCGGGGAUCAUGGUGUUCUCGGUGGUGUUCGGUCUGACAGGACCUUGCUUCUUGAGCUUGGUGACACCGAUCGCGGCUACGCUGUACGGGACAGACAACCUGGCGACUCUGACUGGGCUGUUCAACAUUGCGAAUGUGCCGGACCCGGCGCACAUCAUCGCACCAGUCGAUGAUAGACUGUACUCUGGUUUCAUCGAGCAUCUGGGUCGAUGUAUAUACGGCGGAAUCGUCCCGGACCCCGAGACUCCCAAGGAUCUCAUAACUUCGUCUGGGUUCCGGAAGGAUGUGUUGCAUCUUUUGAGAGAUGAAUUGAAGGUUCCAAUCGUUAGGUGGCCAGGCGGAAACUUUGUCAGUGCAUACCAAUGGCAAGACGGAAUAGGCCCUGCAUCAGAGCGUCCUCGCAGGCCUGAACUCGCCUGGGGCUCUGAAGAAAGUAAUUUGUUCGGGAUGGACGAGUACAUGACGUGGUGCAAAGAGGCAAAGGUCGAGCCAUAUAUCUGCCUAAACAUGGGAACUGGAACUCUUACUGACGCCCUUGCGUGGCUUGAAUAUGCGAACGGGACUCGAAACACCUACUGGGCCAACCUGCGCAGGAAACACACAGGAAGAGAUGAACCCUAUGGUGUAAAGCUUUGGGGCUUGGGUAAUGAGAUGUAUGGAAAAUGGCAGAUUGGUCAACUACCCGCCAAAGAAUACGCUCAAAAGGCUCACCAAUGGGCUCACGCACUUAAGUCUAUGGAUCCCUCGAUUGUUCUCAUCUCAUGUGGCGAAAUCGGAGUCUCUUCAUGGGACUACGAAGUCUUACAAAAAUUGGUCCCAUGGGUCGACUAUCAUAGUAUCCAUUUGUAUACAAGCCCUGGCCCGGACAUCGAUUUCAAAGAUACGAGUUUGAGGGCGCGAUACGAGAGGAAUGUAUUUGGCCCAGCAGCUGCAGAAAAGGCCAUCGAUAUUUGCACAGGAUUGAUUGAUUUGGCCCGGAUCGAACAAAAUGUACCAAAGCAAAUUAAGAUUGCUUUCGAUGAGUGGAACUCUUGGGACUUUACGAAAGGGACGCCCGAGAAUGGAUUGGAGCAAAUAUACGACCUCUCCGACGCUCUGGCAAUCGCAUCGUGGAUGAACGUUUUUAUUCGAAAGGCCGACAAAGUAGCGAUUGCCUGUAUUGCUCAAAGCGUCAAUGUCAUCUCACCGAUUAUAACGACACCUACGUCACAUAUUCUUCAAACAAUUUACCAUCCUUACUACCUCUUCGCCAAAUACAUGCGAUCCGGUACCGCCAUAUCUCUCGCGCUAACUGGCCAAGCUACUCCCCAGUUCCAAGGCCAGACUCACCCCUCAUGGUCCCAGUUUACCGCUGGGCCCCAACCCUACUUGGAUGCGAGCGCCGUAUACGUCGAAGGUGGAGAAGGUGUAGGGAGCGUGAGAAUCGCGGUAGUGAAUAAGCAUUUGGAGCUUGCACUAGGUGCUUCGUUGAGGUUCCCUGAGACGCUCGUCGGAAGUGGGAAAGUCAGGGUCGCGCCAAAUACGACAAAUUUGAGACUUCGGAGAAUGGGAUGCGAGCAAACCGAUCGUGUUCAAGGAGCAUUCGUUCACACUGAUGACAUUUACGUUCGAGAAGGCCUAGAUGGUGCCCGAGUGUACUAA